ACAAAUUCGAAGCAUCUCUUUCUGCCUAAUGCAAAAUUUCCAUUCUCUUUCGUUUUGCCAUGCAUCGCCUUAUGGAACGUCUUGACCUUGAUUGAUUGUAUUGGUGAUAUCUUGCGCGUGUUCUCUCUCUCAUCGCUCUCAAUUUCAUUCAUAAACCGCGGUGGCCGAGUGUGUUGUGAAAAAAAAAACUAAGAACUAGCCGCAGUCACUAUCGUUCUUCUGUAAGUGCAGUAACGUGAAACGCACGCGCGCGCAGUUCGUCGGUGAUAAAAUGUCCGUAUUUUGGAACGAUUACGAGUAUCGCACAGUCCAGGUGAACGGGCAGCGUUUUAUCGGACCUCCACCGGAAAUCCAGAAGGAACCGUCCUACGACUGGGAGCUAUUCGUGAAAAACCUUCCGCGGAAUUUGUUCGAAAAUGAACUGAUCCCGCUGUUCUCGUCGGCCGGGCUCGUGUACCAGAUUCGGCUGCUGAUGUGUUUUUCCGGUCAGAACCGCGGCAUUGCGUACGUGCGUUUCACCAACGAGGAGGAUUUCGUACUGGCGCUGCGCAUGUUUCACCAGCUUAGGCUGGGAACUAACUUUGCGCUGUACGCUUGCCGAAGCAUGAACAUGCGCAAGCUGGUCAUGCUGAAUAUCGACACCAGGGUGACGAGCGAGUCAGCUCGCCGGUUUAUCGAGGCCAUCAGCGGAGGAUCAUGCGUGCACAUGGGAUACAGAAAAUUUCAUCAGGACAAGAAAUAUGUCAUAAUCCAGUUCAAGUGCCACUAUGAGACAGCCCUGGCAAGAAGGAAGUUGAUGGUGAUUUUACCCUUUUUCGGAGACAGCUGUUACUUGAAGUGGUACAACAGGGAGAAACGAAAUAAAGCGACCGGCUAGUGAAA